GAGGUCAUUCAGUCCCUCUCUGAUUCACUCUGUCGGCGUGUGUGGGGACGGGUAGUUGGAGUAAGGAGUCGCCGGGCGGUAGUGCAUCUCCAAACGUUUAUUGGGAAAGAAACGCCGCUGAAAAUUGCACCACAGGCUGAAGAAACGACCCCCGGUGACGACUUCUGGGGGAUAAUUCAACGCAACGACUGCGCCACUCGCACAACCAACAAACGCAACCAGGCUAUCAAAUGCUAACCAGCUAGCCAUCCCUGAAAACUGACGGGAUCAAGGUGUUGAUAGCUAGCCUCCCAGCUAAUUAUCUAUCAGCUAGCAUCCUCCAGCCGUAGCAUCAUUAGCUUGCUUUUCCUCCUCGCGUACGUCGAGACUUUUAACAAUUGCUCGUGGCGGUGCCUUUCAGCUCGGGAGCACCAAACCCCACAUUUAAACAAAAACAGACAGCGGAGCUUUCUAACUAGCUGCUGCUGGAAACAGCGUCUGCGUUGCUUUAGUUGACACCAUCACACCCAUCUCCCCAACCCCUUCUCCUCUGCCCCUCUCCCUCCACCCGAAACACUGGAAAUCCACAAGCGGCCGGAUAGCGGCGAAGGGCCGGCGAAGCUGGGGGUGGUAACGAUACCGGACUCGCAGGGAGUCGUAACGGCUACAGACAAGCUCAGCCGUGGGGAUCUACCGACAAGUAUGGAUGGGCUGGCCGUGGAAGUUCGCGGCUCGAAUGGGGCCUUCUACAAGGGUUACAUCAAAGAUGUCCACGAAGACUCACUCACAAUUGUUUUUGAAAACAACUGGCAGCCAGAGAGACAGUUGCCCUUCAGCGACGUGCGGUUGCCUCCUCCAGCCGAUUACCACAAGGAUAUUGGUGAAGGAGAGGAGGUGGAGGUUUACUCCAGGGCCAACGAACAAGAGCCAUGUGGCUGGUGGCUUGCCCGGGUCAGAAUGAUGAAGGGAGAGUUCUACGUGAUUGAAUAUGCAGCAUGUGAUGCCACAUACAACGAGAUUGUCACAUCAGAGCGCAUCAGGCCUCUCAACCCCAACAGUCCUUCCUCUCGAAACUCCUUCCACAAGGUCCCCAUCCCUGUCCCAGAAGACCUGCGGGACAUCUGUGCAAAUGACAACAUUCACAAAGACUUCAGGAAAGCUAUCGGAGCCAACUGCAUCUUCUACAGUGCCCAAACACAUGAACUCAUUGUGCUGUCGACAAAUGAAACCACAGUAAAGCGUGCUACUCUUCUGAGCGACAUGCAUUUCCGCAGCAUCCGUACCAAGCUUAUGCUAAUGUCCCGCAACGAAGAAGCCACCAAACAUUUGGAGACAAGUAAGCAGUUAGCAUCAGCAUACCAGGAGGAGGUGAAGGUCAGGGAGGACCUGAUGGGCCUUGCCAUCGGCUCCCAUGGUGCCAACAUCCAACAGGCAAGGAAGGUGCCUGGCGUCACAGCUAUUGAGCUGGAGGAGGAAAGCUGCACGUUCAGGAUCUAUGGAGAGACCCCAGAGGCAGUAAAACAAGCUAGAGAGUAUCUUGAGUUCAAAGAGGACUACUUUCAGGUACCCAGGAACCUUGUAGGCAAAGUCAUUGGCAAAAGUGGCAAAGUUAUCCAGGAGAUUGUGGACAAGUCAGGGGUGGUCCGUGUCAGGAUUGAAGGAGACAACGACAAAAAACUUCCCCGGGAGGAGGUAGGCAGGCAGGGGGCAGGCAGGGACGACACUGCCAGCAGCAAAGAGGGUAUGGUUCCCUUUGUGUUUGUGGGAACCAAAGAGAACAUCAGCAAUGCUCAGGCUCUGUUGGAGUACCAUGUGUCCUAUCUCCAGGAAGUGGAGCAGCUGCGUCUGGAGCGUCUCCAGAUUGACGAGCAGCUCCGUCAGAUUGGAGUCGGCUACCGUGCGCCUCCCAGUCGGACUGGGGGCCCAGGCGUUGACCGGGAGAAAGGCUACUUGACAGAUGAGAGCAGCAACUCACUCCACACCUCUCGCACGUAUGGGGGCCGCGGCAGAGGGCGCCGGGCCUCAAACAGCCAGUACUCUGGAUAUGGCACAAACUCUGAACUGUCCAAUGCUUCUGAGUCGGAGGAUGUUAACGAACGAGACCAGCGGCCCCGUGGCAUAGGUGGUGACGAGAGAGGCUCUCGAAGGGGAGGGAGGGGCCGAGGCUCUAACUCAGGACGAGGCCGCGGAGGGCCGGGGUCCAAGCCCUCGAACACCAUUAGCUCAGUGCUGAGGGACCCAGACAGUAACCCUUACUCCCUGCUGGAGGGUGAGGGAGAGCUGGCCGACGCAGACCUCAGUGAAGGGAUGGGAGGAGACCGCCGCAGACGCUCCCGCCGCCGCCGCAAUGACCAGGAGCCCAGUGUCAUGGACGCUGCCGCAGAGUCGGACAGCCAGGCUGGGCCCAGUGAGAACGGGCUGGAUGACGAAGCCCGACCUCAGCGCCGCAACCGAAGUCGCCGCCGUCGUAACCGUGGCAACCGCCCAGAAGGAGGUUCAACUAGCCGUGACAGACAGCCAGGUGAGAAUGUGACUGUUGCUGACUACAUAUCCCGUGCUGAGUCGCAGAGCAGACAGAACCUGCCUCAGAAAGAAAACCACGCUGACCCCGAGCCCAAGGAGAAUGGGACCAGCACCCAGAUGCCUGAACGAACGCCCUCCAAGCGUUCCCCUAGCAAGGGCAUGUCCUCGCCCAGCGAGACCCUGACCUUGGUCAAUGGGGUCUCGUAAAGAGACGGCCCUGCUCCUCGCGAACCCAAGUCUAGAGCAAGACUCCAUGGCAAACUCUGUCCCUGCUUGCAUUAACUUAAACCUUAAACAGAUGAGUGAAAAGUACCUGACAAAAUACCUGAAUUCAUACUAUGAGAGUGAAAAAGUACAAAAAAACGACAAACGCAUCUACUUUAAAACACACGUUAACGGUGUAUGCUAUCCUAUCUAUCAGUACUUAGUGCUUAUUUAAAAAACAACUAGCUUGCCAAAAAAGAGCUGGUGGAUAUGACUUGAUUUUUAAAAAUACUGAAAUACGAGAAACAGGACAAGACUUUUUUUGUUUCGUUUUCGAAAACGGUUGUCUUUUAUUUGUGUCUUUUUUUUUCUUUUUUUUCUUUUUCUUUCUGUUUUUUUUUUGUUCAUUUUGUUCAUUGUUUAUCACUGGUUUGGACUUGGCGGUCGCUCUCUCAACCGAAACAGACGCUUCUCUUAACAGUGUUUAAGUACAGACGAGAGAUGUAAGCUGUAGGGAGUGGCGUACGAGCAGACAGUCCAAUAGCUUAUGUGACGCGAUGUUCGCACACUGUACCUAGGAGUGGAGACAGACAGAUUGGAAUAUUGAUAGACAUUGUGCCUUGAAUUUGAAAAAAAAAUAAUAAUAAUAAAAAACUUGAGUUUUUCCAUUAAGUUUGUUUUCGUUUCCUGAGAGGAAGAAAAGAUGGAGAGGUUUUUCUUCCUUAUUAUUUUUGGUUACAAGAAGAGAACAGACCUGAGUGACGAGUAAAACGAGUGGAACUAAGGAGGGAAAAAAAACAACAAAAAAUAAAAACAAAAAAGAGGGAGUGUCUGGCCAAGGUGAGGAAAAAAGUCUGGUGCCAAACGCAAAAUUCAAGGCGCUUGUCCUCAUUCAGAGUAGACGGCGUCGGGGGUCAGUGCGUGCGAGGACGCGCGUGUGUGUGUUUUUGUGUGCGCAGUUGAGAUAUUUGGCAACCACAAAACUACACUGGGAGAGGGGUGAGGCAACAAAACGCAACGCCGCCCUGGGCGGGUCGCACGGUGAGGCAUCUUUAUUUAAAAAGAGGUCCUUCAAGGGUCCAGGGUGGCACCCAUACAGCCUUGUAUACAGGACAGGCUGAGACCAGACAGACGGCUGACUUGAACUAUAGACUUAGACUAUAAGAGAACUAUACCGUGCCUCUUUCUCUUGUGUCGGAGGGGGUGGCGGUGCUAGCUUCCAGUCACACUAGUGUCUUGAUAAACCACUGCAGCGGGCAGCUCCGAAUGCACACGAGGGCGACCACCUUUCUUGGGACGGGUGCUGCUGGUGGGGGAGGGGGGCGGGGGGUGGGGGCUGGAGACUGCGGACUGUGGGAUUGGGACAGCUUCAAAUGACAUGAGAGCCACAAUGACACACAAGCCCACGCUUACAGGUACACACACACACACAACAGGCAUACACACAAGGCACAUGCAAGUUGAUGUGGUCGCCCGCGUGGCGCAAAGUAAGAGGACCGCAACAGAAAACUGUAAACAAAGUGUCUGUCUUGUACCUGGCAGUUUGGGUUAGCAAAUGGAGUAAGAGAGGGACUCAAAACCUCAGUGGCUCUCUGCUCAUGUUGUUACUGUUGUCUUGGUUACCGCUCUCAAGUUUUUUUUGUUGCUAUUUCCACAUCUUAGAAAAUAUGAAAUAAAAAAUUGAAGUGAAAUCAA